CUUCCUCUGCUUCUCUCUCCAACUGCUCAUUUCCGGCGAGGUGACACUUUCCCGGAAAAAAAUUGAACUUUGAAUUUUUUGAUGAAAAAAUCGAUCCUUUUUUCUGGAAAUCGUUCCUAGAUUCUGGUAAAUCUGGUUGCGAGAUUUGGGUUUUAUUUCUUUAGGUAGAUCAAUCAAUCAAUCAGCUGGCUUGGAUUUUACUAGAAAUCUUGGAUCUUUCGAUGAAACUAAACUUACGAUUGUGGUAAUCGAAUUGAUUUAACUAUUUAGAGAGAAGUUGGAUUACUCUAGUUUCUGAAUCUAGUUGGUUUGAUGGUAAUGGGUGGUCUGAGGUUUUUCUUUUUGCAAUUUCAAGACAACACUGAAACACAGGAAAACAGUUUUAUCUUUCAAGACACCAAAUAAUGAAAACUAGGACCUGCCUAGAUCACUGCAGAGCUUUAUAAGUAGUAUUGCAAUCGGUUCUUGUUCAUUAAUUGUUAGAUUCAAGAUUUUGCCUUGCUACCUUCUUUGCUUUCUUCUGAGAACGUUUAGGUACAAACCUAAGCUAAGAGUUCUCUAUCUUUCAGAACAUCAAAUAUUCAAAACCACUGUAGUUGCUCAUCCUUGUCCACUUUUUCCACAGAGAAAUCAUGGGGUUCUGGACACUAAUGGAAGGAUUGCUGCUAUUUGCAAACGCACUGGCUAUUCUCAACGAAGACCGUUUUCUAGCUCCCAAAGGAUGGACGCUUGCAGAACUCCACCAAACCGGCAAAAGAAACUCCCUCAAAGGCCAAAUCAUCGGUCUCAUCCACGCCUGCCAUUACAUGAGGCUUCCUCUUAUGCUCUUUAACUUAAUUGUCAUCGUCUUUAAGCUUUUCUCCGGUUAAAAUGAUCAAAUCCCUUCUUGAAUAAAUUCAAUCCAAACAUUUCUGCAACUUCAUAAGCAAUUCAUUCUAUAGUAUUUAACUUCAAAAGCUCA